AUGAAGGUUUCAGUUACUCCAGAACUGAAAGAUUUCUUUUCUAAACAUGGUAACAAGUCCUUUAAAAACUCGGAAAAUAUUGAUGUAGAUACGUUAUAUAAAGCCUAUUCAAAAAUUGUAAAGGAAUACAACUCCAAUAAUAAAGAAAAUGAAGAUGAAAGAAAAAAUUUAGACGCUAUUCCAAGUCUACAAGAACUUUUGUUGAAUAGCAAAAAGGAAAUAGAUUCAGAGCAGAGUCAAAGAAAUAAUAAUGCUCAAAAAAAUCUAUCUAUUAUAGAAAUCUUAAGAAAACGCUCAGAAGAACGUAAAUAUCAGUCAUCAAUCAAAAACUUAUCCCAGGCAAAGUAUGUUAAGACCUCAAAUAAUGUCCCUGAUGCUUUUGGUGUACACUAUUCUAGAGAUAUUUUAAUGAGCAUGAAUGCUCUCAUUGGUCUUAUUCUAACAUUCAUUGGAGGGUUCUAUGCUCCACUAUAUAUGGGUCUUGAAGACAUAAACACUAGAAUUUUCAUUGGAGUUGGAUGUUCUAUUAUUUGUCUAAUUGCAGAAGUUGGAUUAUUAAUUAUUUACGAUAUUAAAAGAAAUAUGAAAGUUUCCAAAGUCAUGAAAGAAGACCCUGUUUAUAAGUAUUUGAAUAGUAAAGAAAGAUCAAAAACUACCAAUAUUUAUAAACCAAUUGCUACUGGAAAUCAAACUAAUAUUAGUAAGCAGAGUUCCAAAAACAAGUCUUUAACGAAACCAAGAAAAGGCAAAAAACACAAAACCGAUUAA